ACUGCGGCAGCGUUGCAGAGGAACACUCGCCCCAGUACUCACGAUUCACUGCUUCCUGUUUACGGUCAAGAAACCGUAAGACCAUUUCCAUUGCCUCACUAUCGUGCUGGUAAGGUUUCCGUUUUUUGUCUAUUCCUGUCAAAACUACAACAAAAUUCUACAAUUGAAUAAACGCCGUGAAAGAUUUAAGCACUAAUAUGACAAUGUUUAAGGACUUCCGGCGCUUGAAGUUCUUAUUUUCCCUGUCGAAAAAUAGGCAGAUCCCAGUUCCCGUUUCUUGCCUUCCAAGGCUUUCUUACUGCCGAAUGUUUGCGUUUUUAUUGACCCAGACGAGAGAGGAAGGGUUAUUUCAUGGUCAAAAGAGUAUUUUUUCUAGCGGGACAACCGCGGGAAAUCACGAGCUAGCCAGGAUAGGAUUCGGUUUAUUUUGCCCGCUCGAAUUCAGUCGUAUUAUAUAUUUAAUAUGUAAUAUUUAAUAUUUUGCCCGCGCGAAUUCAGUCGUAUUACAGAAAGCCUUGUAAAAUAAAAAGGGUGAAGUGGCACCUUUCUUCUCGUCUGUAAUCAUGACUUUUCCAAUUGUUUAUUUCCUCAUGUUUUGUUUCGGCAAAGUAUGUAAUAUUGCAUCGUGAAAAGAGGGUUUGUAACAUUGGGAAAGGACGAAAUCUAGUUUAAGACUUCGUCCCUUUCGCUGUAUCAUCAUGUUACUUGUGGAAUUCUAAUUCCUUCUGUUGUCCCCUUUAGUGGAAGUUCCUAUUUCUGUGGCGCAUGGAUUCAGUGAAGACGCAUCACUGUUCAGCACCCACCAUCACAGCACCCCAUCCACCAUCUUUACCCCUGGAAGGUCCUUGGGUAGCGAACCGUAUCCCGGUGGUUCUGGUAUGUCUACCUUCACACAUCCGCCUGAAAUGCGGGAAUUUUGUCCCCCUUACGGAACGCUGAGAAGACCACUGCAUGGAUUACAACCACAAACUACAAUUCCAUCGGCGUCUAAUUUUAGCAGUUUGGGUGUGUCUACAAUCACUCACCCGCUAAGAAUCCAAGAAGCGCCAAGACCGUCACUCCAUGGAUUGCAACACCAAAGUACGAUACCAGACGUUCCGAAUCUUGCUGGUUAUGGUUUAUCUACCAAAUCCAAGAAGCGCCAAGACCGUCACUCCAUGGAUUGCAACACCAAAGUACGAUACCAGACGUUCCGAAUCUUGCUGGUUAUGGUUUAUCAACCGACACCCUCCCGUUACAAACCCCAGAAUUACACGCCUCGUAUGGAACGCCUAGUCCGUCACUGCGUGAAUUGCAACCGCACCAUACAUUUCUAGACGCUUCUUAUCUUAGUGGUAGUGGCCUGUCUACAGUCACCCACCCCCCAGGUAUCUCCGGACGUUCUUCCCCGUUUGGAACAAUAAGACCGCCACAGUAUGAGCUGCAACCGCAAAGUACAAUUCCAUCUGAUCCGCAUCUUAGUGAUCCUGCUACGUCUUCAGUCACACACCCGUCAGUAAUCCCAUUUCCCUCGUAUGGAACCCUAAGACCCCAUCUGUAUGGACCGCAGCUGCAAUGUGUAAUUCCAGGCGAUUCGCAUCGUAGCGUUCCCUUUGCGUCUUCCGUCACACACGGGCCAGUAAUUCCUGGACGUUUUUCUCCGUAUGGAACGCUGAGAUCACAUCCGCCUAGUUCCCAAAGUACAAUUUCAUUUAUGAGCUGGCGGGAGCAAAAUGCGGACGAUGAAACUGAUAGUCCUUAA